AUGGACGACAUCCUGGAUGACCUUAGCUGUAAAGAUGUUUGUUGCUUGCUUGUAACGGAUGCACAACAUGACUUCUGCGAAGGCACGCUUGCCGCUCCGCGCGGCUUGCAAACAGCCAAGCGGUUAGGCGAAAUGUUGCGCCAACUGCGGCGGAGCGGCGCAAACAAUUUGGGUCAUGCAAAGUCAGGGCUUUUGAAAAGCCAAACGACCAAGAUCAGAAACUGUGAAGAGCUCACGCUUUCUUCGGAUUUUGGAACGAUCUCGCUUAUGUCGGAAGGUUCAGGUGGACACGACCAGAGAGAUUCUACGUACAGUUGGUGUGAUCUUGUUGUAUUUUCUCUGGACUGGCACCCUCCGGAUCACGUGUCCUUUCUGAGUUCACACUCGGCGGAUUGCAUGCACUCGAUCUGCACGUGUGCCAGCACCGGCAUCAAUUCUUCUGCCCGGCCUGCAGCCAAUGCAGCUCUGAAAGAAGCCAACAGGUCUCUUGGACUAGACAAGGCGUGGACUGUUGUGCGUAGCUCCCCAGGUGCGGGGAAUGCUGACGCUGCCACUGUUCGAUUGUGGCCUGCACACUGCGUGCAAGGCACACCUGGGGCCAAGUUGCACCGAGCGGUCCAGCCCCAAGUCGGGGAUCUCGUCGUUUUCAAGGGUUCCCUCUCUUCUGCGGAGUGCUUCUCUGCUUGCGGUAAUGAAGACGAUCCUACUGGGCUGGUUCAAGUACUAAGAUCACGGGGUGUAAGCACAGUGGCGGUUUGUGGAUUUUGCUUGGACUUUUGUGUUGCUGAAAGUGCGAUUGCGUUGCGGGCUGCCGGAUUUCCCAAUGUUGUCGUCCUAACCGACCUAACUGUGGCAAUAAACGAGGCCAAACAACAUGAUUCACUGCAAUACCUCGAAGCUCAGCAGGUUAGGUGUCUAAGUCUUGCAGAGUUUAUCGAGGAGAGGUCCAGGCUGGCCCCUGCGGAGUCCUAA